AUGACCUUUGCGCCCUUCGGUGCUCAGUGCGGCGAGAUCGAGAACGUCGACAGUAGCAUCGAUACGUACUUCGACUUCAACGCUCUACAACAGUCUCCUCAUCCGUCCAACAUACCUGCUUCGAACCCGCAGUCCGCCACUACAAGUCCGGCAACGACCGUUCUCCAUCUUGACCCGAACGAGGACCAGCAAACGCCAGCGAAGCCGAGCCAUCCAUACGAACUAUGGAAGCAGCAGACGGGCAUACCGAUUGGGUCAGUGCCUGGCCUAUACCACUCAAAUAGCCAGUCAAGUCAGGAGUACCCGUCGUUCCCCGGCUACGGAACCGGCUUCGACGAGUCCAGCUUUAUGGGCAGUUUCAACGGAAUCGGCUCAAAUAGCGGCCUCGGAAUGGGCAUGGACAUGGAGAUGAACUCGCCGAGCUCAUCGAUGCCUGCCUUCUUAUUCCCGCCCGGAGACGUUUCUCAGCGGUCGCAGACGGACGACUUUGUGGAUCCCAGUGCCAUCAGCAGCCAGGACGAGCCACCGCCGGUCAACGUUCGUUUCUAUCCCGGCAUGCACCAGCAGCAGGCUGCCCUCGCCAAAGCACAGGCCCAGGCAGAAGCUCAGGCCGAGCAGCAAAGGCGGCAGCAGAUGCAGCAGCAGCAGCGGUUACAACAACAGCAAGCCGCGCCGCAACAAGCCCGUGCCCAGUCCACACGACGAUCCGCAUCUAAUCAACCCCUCGACGCUAGGACUGAAGAGACCAUUGCACGUGUGGUGAACCAGAUCCGCCAGGCCAGCACCGUUUCGUCGAAUCGAGAUGCCUCGCCGAGCGGCAUGCUCCCUCAUGUCAUGAGAAUGAAGAAGGACGAAGAAGACAUGGAUGAGGACGAACGCCUGCUUGCCAGUGAAGAAGGCAAGAAGCUCAGCAGUAAAGAGCGGCGUCAACUUCGCAACAAGGUUUCCGCCCGUGCUUUCAGGUCGCGGAGAAAAGAGUACAUCGGCCAACUGGAAGGCGAGAUAGCCAACAAGAAUGACGAAUGCAACGAACUGCGAGCCCAGAAUCAAGCGCUUAUGGAUGAGAAUGCCCGUUCUCGCGCCUUCAUCGAGAAGAUCCUCCGCCACCCGGCCUUCCACCCAUUCCUCGAAGACCUGAGCCGCGAUGAGUCUAUUACUAAGCCUUCAGCUGCUCCGGCUCCGACGCCAGCCCCGGCCCGCAGAGACUCAAGUAUAUACGGUCUUGCCCAACAGCCGCACUUGCAGGCCCCGAGCCACCAUCAGACCAAUUCGCAUGUCGGCAUGACGCUUAUUCCGGAGACUCCACUCGACAUGUCCCUACUCAAUCUUGGUAACACCUGGACGAUGCCAAACGGUCUUCCAUUCACUUUCCAGCAGCCGCGGGUCUUUGCCGUGACGGAGUUGCCCGAAGGCCCCGCUGCCCCUCUCGACGUUGCUGCGCUGUCUGGCAAGGGCGAGGCUUACUCGGAUGAGCCCGAGGCCGAAGAGGCGGAGUCUGAUCUAAAGCAUGACUAUCCAGUUGUCAACUCGGCUCCGGCCGAGGUAGCUAUAGAGCUCUCAGAUGCUAAUGUUGAUGAGGACGACGGCAAUCCGAGUUUUGCUCUCUACGUCAAUACUCCCGCACCUGCUUCUACCGUUCCUGCCUCCGCUACUUCGGCCUCCGAACCUAAAGCUAUCACUAUCGAGUCAAGUAAAUCCUCGCGUUUCGCGCUCGUCACGUCGGAAGAGGACUGUGACGACACCGAACAGUCUUUGAUGGAGCGGUUAGAGCGGAUGUGUGCGAGAAUCGAGCCCGUCCACCAGCGGUUACAGAACACAACGUCCCGCACCGGCGGCUGA